UCGGCAGGUGGAGGGAGAAGGGAAAGUUUGGCCCGCGCGUGGGGCUCGGGCGGAGGGCGGGACGGAGGGGCUGGGCCCGGACGGAUCCGCUGUGGCCGCGGCUGCGGAGGCCGAGGCCGGACACGGAGGCGCCGUCCGACCCGGGGCCGGUCCCGACGCGGCGGGGGGGGGCGGGGCGGCGCGCGGCCCGGAGCCGGCGGAGGUCAGCGAGUUUGAGGGAGGCCCGCGGCCCGCUGCCGCCGUCAUGUCCGAGGAGGCGAGCGCCCUGCCCUGGUCCAUCAACAGGGACGACUACGAGCUCCAGGAGGUGAUCGGGAGUGGAGCAACUGCAGUGGUCCAGGCAGCUCACUGUACCCCUAAAAAGGAGAAAGUGGCAAUCAAACGGAUCAACCUUGAGAAAUGCCAGACGAGCAUGGAUGAGCUGCUGAAAGAAAUCCAGGCUAUGAGUCAGUGCCAUCAUCCCAAUAUCGUGUCUUACUACACAUCGUUUGUGGUCAAAGACGAGCUGUGGCUGGUCAUGAAGCUGCUGAGUGGAGGUUCUGUUCUGGAUAUCAUCAAGCAUAUUGUGGCAAAGGGCGAGCACAAGAGUGGUGUCCUGGACGAGGCCACCAUUGCUACAAUACUCCGAGAGGUCCUGGAAGGGCUGGAGUAUCUGCACAAGAAUGGACAGAUCCAUCGAGAUGUGAAAGCUGGAAAUAUUCUUCUUGGAGAAGAUGGAUCAGUGCAGAUUGCAGACUUUGGAGUUAGUGCUUUUCUGGCAACCGGCGGUGACAUCACCCGGAAUAAAGUGAGGAAGACGUUUGUGGGCACCCCUUGCUGGAUGGCACCUGAAGUGAUGGAGCAGGUCCGAGGCUAUGACUUCAAAGCUGAUAUCUGGAGUUUUGGCAUCACGGCAAUUGAACUGGCCACAGGGGCCGCUCCGUAUCAUAAGUACCCGCCAAUGAAGGUUUUAAUGCUGACGCUGCAGAAUGAUCCUCCGUCUUUGGAAACUGGUGUUCAAGAUAAAGAAAUGCUGAAAAAAUAUGGAAAAUCAUUUAGAAAAAUGAUUUCAUUGUGCCUUCAAAAAGAUCCGGAAAAGAG